AUGGCGAUGAGCUUUGGAGGCGGUGGCGGUGGAGCGCAGACAGUACAAGGCGAUGAUCUGGAGCAGAUCGACACAGAGCAGCUCAAUUUCCAUUCCAUAUCCGGCGACGACAAGCUCAGGCUCUUACCAUCCCCAUGGCCUGCAGAGCAACUACCACCCAGCCACGCCUCUCUACUCACCAUCGCAUCGGGUAAAGGACUAGUCGCAGCAGCUGGACCAGGUACGUUGGUCGUCGCCAAGACCGAAAGCGUGCGAAAUACAUUUCGACAAGGCAAAGCAGAGGGUGAAGAGAAGACCAAAAGUUUCACACCUGAAGCCUCUCUUCCCAUCCCACGGGUGUCGCAGGUGGCGUUCGCGAGCGAUGAGAGUUGUCUGGUCAUCGCAGCGGAGCGCGGAGGUGGGUUGGCAGUUUACGAUACCAAUGCGAUUACGAGUGGGAAUAAAGAUGCUGCGUUUCAGAUUGGCACGAAUGGUGUGAGCGUGCGACAACUACUGCCGAAUCCCAACCCCUCAGCUGAGACUGCGCAUCUGUUCGGUAUUGUGCUAGAGACUGGACAGCUACUGCUUGCGAACCUCAAGACACGUGAGCUCACGAAAAGCGGUCGUGGGGAGGUGAUCUUCCACGACAAUGUCGCAUCAGCAUGCUGGUCACGACUGGGCAAACAGAUUGUGGCUGGCCGUGCAGAUGGGACAGCAGUACAAAUCGAUCAGAAGGGCGAGGUCAAGGCGGAGAUACCACUUCCACCGAAGCUGCCGGAGCUCGCGCCUAGCGGAGCAAGCCAAAUGCCCUUGAUGUCGAUAUACUGGCUCGAUACUAACGACUUCCUGCUCGUGCACACACCACCCAACAUUUCAGAUGGCAUGGACUCGGACGCACCUGUGGACUCAGUCUUCCACCUCGCUCGCCGCGAGAACCCCAAAUCUCAAGCCUGGACAUUCCAGACUGUCAUUGACCCGGCACCGCCUUUGCCUUUUGGCGGCCGUCUACCGCCACACUACUUCGUACAACGACUGAAGGACUGGCCUCCAAAUCUGGAUGAUCUGCUUCUACUCAUCUCUACUGCAAGCACAGAUGUUGGCAUACUCAGUAAGGCUUCAUCUGCACUCGGCGAAGGUGCACCGACGGCUGCGUUCACAACCACGAAUCCUCCUGAUACCAAUCGCGCGGGUAUGCCUAUGGCUGCAAACGGGAUUGAUGAUACUUUCGCUUUGGGUAUGGCUUUGGAUUUGAGUGUCAGUGAGACCAUCUCGAAACCUAUCCCCCGAGAUGCAGAACUGGCUGAGUCGCCUGUGCCGUUACCCGCACUCUGUGUGCUAAACAACGAGGGUGUACUACGGAUAUGGUACAUCGGCUACAACGAAUCUAUCAGACAAAAGGUAGCCUUUCCGGACCUCACAGUGGCAGGUGGACCUCGAGCACUGGAUGCUAAGAAAGAUGCCUCGGCCGCGCCUUCAGCAGCGUCAAGCACGGGCUCCGCACCAGCCUUUGGAGCACCAGUUGUCUCCUCCCCUUCGCCGUUCGGUAGUACACCGCGACCAACAACAUCAUCAGGACCCGCCUUCGGCCCCCCCAGUACACCCUCAUUCGGCGGCUCCUCAGCGAUCGGCCAGAAACAAUCACUCUGGGGUGCGCCACCUGCCGCACCAUCCUCCACACCACAGUCUUCUGCUCCGAAACAGCCUACCUUCGGCUCCUCGACAACUAUCGCUGGUGGGACGGGCUUCGCACAGGUAGGCGGAAUGGGACAGAAAGCCUCUCCAUGGGGUUCUGGUGGAGGUAGUACAGCUCCGACAUCUUCCUUUGGCCAGCCAAGCGGCAUCUUCGGCGGCAAUUCUGCUCCGCAAUCGCCUUUCGCUGCUGCUGGUGCAGCUCCCGCGAGCAAUGGCGGCGAUGCUGCGAAGCCUACAGGAUCGCUGUUUGGUGGUGGAAAGCCAUUGGCGUCUUUCGGUGGAGUUGGAGUACAGAACACGGAGAACAAGUCACCAUUUGCUGCUUUCAGCUCCCAGCAGAAGACUCCUGGUGUGCCGACUCAAUCGUCCUUCGCCUCCACAGCAUCGCUGGGGACCUCGAGCUUCGGUGGGGCCAGCACAGUUGGUGGGCCUUCGCUUUUCGGUACUCCUACUCCGAGUGGUUCAAGCACAGGCACAUUUGGCAAACCAAGUCUACCCGUCAGUCGCGAGGAGUCUAUGCAGGGUGGUGAAGAGCAGAAGAAGUCAGCUGCUGCGCCUAGUGGACUGUUCGGUGCUGGGGCCUUCAAGCUAGGUAGUACAUUUACAGGCGAUGGGAGUGCAAAGGAUGAUGUCCCUAAGCCGCAGAAUCCAGGUGCAGGACUGUUCGGUGGUGGGUUCGGAAACGCGCUUGGCGAGGCUGGUAUUCGAAAGGCGGGUGAACAGCCUGCUACUCCGAUCAAGGAGGAGCCGGGCACGGAGAAGCAGACGAGAUUGCAGGACAUUCCUGCGGCGCCCCAGAGUAACACUCCUGCUGGCUUGCCAGCGAAGAAGGAGGAUGAUCCGCUGAAUUACAAGGCCAAGCGUUUCGCAGGUGAUUUGCCGCCGAUGGAUGUCCCUGGUGGUGCAGCCGAUACCAAGGAGGACAAGAAGGACGAUCCGCUCAGCUACAAGGCCAAGAGAUUUACAGGCGAUGUCCCACCUGUCGAUUACCCUAGCGCCCAAGGAGAAGUCAUCACGGACGAGAAGCCUGUAGCGGGGUCACCGCCCAUCGAUCUAGGUAACGAGAGAUUCUCGGAGGAGGAAGUGCCUGCUGGGCCUGAGGACGACGAUGAAGAAGAGUGGAGUGAAGAGGAGGAUGGUGAGGAAGACGGAGAGGAUGAAGAGGAAGGGGGCGAAGAUGACGAAGAAGAUGAGGAGUCUGAUCACGAAGUCACUGAUGCCAAAGGCCUCUCUGCUUUCGAGAGCAGAAUGCAGCCCGCCUCGCCUACUCGACCCGAUCAAGCCGAGGAAUCGACGACACCCGCAACUGAGAAGAAAGCUGUCCCGAGCUUCACCCCUGCUGGCUUGCCCAAGGGUCCCGUCUUUGCCCCUCCAGUGCACGAGUCACCACGCUCGCCGAGUCCUGUGAGAUCUGUGACCGCGCCACUGGCGCAGAAAGCGACGUUUGGACAACAGUCCAAGCCGCCUAUGCCUUCGUUGUUUAGCCGGCCAUCGACUGGCUCGCAGCCACAACAGCAACAGCCGUCACAAGCUCCGCAAGGCAGGAAGGAACAGCAGUCGCAGCAGCAGCAGCUACCGCCACACCGUAUAGCUGUUCCUGCUGCAAAGCUAGCCGAGAGAUCGACCAGUCCCGUGGCUUCUAUGAGACCUGCCGAGCCUACCACUGGAUCGCUCGAAGACGAAGAGGACGCAAGGAUCCAAGCUCUACUUGCCAGUGCCCCCGAACCCACAAAAGACGUCCCUGCAUUCCUGGCACAUCAAGAUUACAUCGGCUCGUCCUCGCAAGCAGGUGACUUGGCCGGCUCAAUUGAGAAACUGUUCAGAGACGUAAACAGCAUGAUCGACACUCUCGGCCUGAACGCCCACUGGCUCCGUGGUUUCGUCGAAGGACACAUCAAGCUGAAGGCUGAUGGUCGACGCACGCAGGAGGAUCUAGAAGACGAUGAGGCAUGGACACUUGACGAGAUUCCUGCUCUUACGCACGUUCAAGACGAGGUAGACGAGAUGCUGGAACAAGGUCGUCCGCAAAACGUUGGUGGCUUGAUAGAGGAUAUUGGUGAGACCGAGCAGGAUAUCAGGGGUCUCAGGGCAAAAGCUGCCGAGAUGCGAGUGAGGAUUAAGAAAUUCAGUGAUCCGGAGCAGAAGGCUGCGAAUGCCUACGCAACUUUACCUGAGGAGACACAGACGCUGCAGAUGGAGAUCAGGGUCGGGGUGCAGGGUGUUCAGACUCUGCUCGGGAAAGCGGAGGAAGCGAUGAGUGUGCUUCGGGCUGGACUGGCUUCUUCUUCCACGUCUGCCGGGACAGAGCAGAGUAAAGCUGUGCCGACCGUCGAGGCCAUCACGAACACGAUUUCGAAAAUGACGGCCAUGAUUGAGCGGAAAUCGGGGGAUGUGGAUCUUCUUGAGUCGCAGAUGAGGCGUUUACCGGGUGGUAUUGCUUCCUUGAACCUGGAGGAGGAUUAUGAAGAUCAGCUCGUUUCUUCGCUGACCGGCAGUCGACUGCUGAAUGGCAGCGGAGCCACACCGCCGUCUUCCUCCAUGUCUGCGAGCAAGAAUGCCAGAAGCUCGAGGAUGCUAGCCAAUGGCGACGCACCAGGUAUGAACGCCAUGUUCGGCUCUAGCCGCUUUGUGCCAGGACAGCAGCAGCAGAGAACGCCGCCGUCGGGUGGUAUGCGAAACUCGAGGGCGGUGUUCUCCCCGGGGGCGAGCAGGUUGGGUCUGAGCACGGGUAGUGUCCAGAAUAGUGCAGUGAAGAAGCGGAUGGGGGAUGUUAGUGAGGCCGAGAUUGAGCUCAGGAGGGGUAAAGUCGGGAGGAGGAGGGGUGUUGCUGAGGCUUUGAGGAAGGAGGUCAGUGGGAGGAAUGGAGGGAAUGCGAGGGUCGUUAGGCUGCAGGGUUGA